CUUAUUUUUCUCACUCGCUCACACAGAGAACAGUUACAUGUGCCUCUUCACAAAUUUUACGUUGGUUUUUUCACGCAAUUGCGUUUUCCUCCAACGUUCGUAACGAAAAUUCUCUGAAGUUAAGUAAAAAGAAAAAAGUACCUGCGUGGAAGGCAAACGAGAGCAACGAGAAGAAAAUUUUCAUUUUCCAAAUUUAAGGAGUUCGCAUUGUUUUCUUUUUGCAAAUUUGUAACCACACUUGCCACAAAGAGCUGCCAUCGAAAUGGAUAUCAUGGACAUACAAGCCGUAGAGUCCAAAUUGAGUGACGUCACGGUGACCCCAAUACCGCGUUCGCAAGUGCAAAAUUUUUAUAAUUAUCAGCAACAACGGGAACAGCGUGAGCAGCAACCUCAAAUACAAAUCUCUGCCAUACACCAUCCUCCUCGUGACCGCAGCGGCUGUGCAAGUUCCAGUUCUGUAAGUGCCAGCACGGUGUUUGACCUGCAUCACAGCGUGCUAGGAGGUAGCAGUAGCAAAAGCAGUGGCGGUCGUGACCUGUACAGUAAGCGUGAACGCGACUAUCAUCAGCAAUCGACAAGCACCUCGGCUGCGGCGGCAGUAGCUGCUCUUCAAUAUACACAGCAACUGCAGGCGCAAUUAGCUCUUCUUCAGCAGCAAUCAAAUACCAUCGCCUCCCCCGCCUCGACGCAACGCUCCAACAGCAGUAGCAGUGGCGCAUUGAACAAUGGUGGCGGCAAUACGUCUGCUGGAAGUGGGGGUGGCAUCGGUGUUGUUAAUGUUGGUAAUGGUGCCAUCAGUGUUGGUGCCGCGUUGGGUGCAAGCAGUAACGCUGCGUCAAUUCUUAGCGCUGCACAGUCACAACUGAAGUACCCACUAUCUACGUCGCCGGUUGUCAUAACUACACAAACAUCGGCAAAUAUAACAACUCCCAUGACUUCCACAGCCAAUUUGCCCACAGCGGGCACAUCGGCGGCUAGCAAUGGACUAAGUAAAUAUGCGCAGCUGUUGGCUGUGAUCGAGGAAAUGGGCCGUGAUAUAAGGCCAACAUAUACAGGAUCGCGCAGCUCGACUGAACGUUUAAAGCGUGGCAUUGUGCAUGCGCGUAUACUUGUACGUGAGUGCCUCAUGGAAACGGAGCGUUCAGCACGUCAAUGAGAUAUGGUUGUUUCUGACGGCGGGGCUGGAGUUGGAAUUGAAGAUGGUGGCAAUGGCAUGACUGGUGCUGCAGCUGCCGAUGGGGGUAGGGACAGUAAUGACGACUUUGGUAAAUAGUGGUUUAGUUAAUUAGGAUUUAGUUUAGUAUAAUGACGUUUUGCAGCACUUAUUUCGGCGCAAAUUGUUGCGACAAUUCAACAUUCUAUGUAUGCCAACAAAUAACUAAUUUCUGAUUUAACUUAAUUUUUUAAAGAUCGUCUACGUCUAUUAUUAAUGCAUGAACAUAAUUUUAAAUGAAUUUGUGAGAAUUGUGUAUUUUAAACCAAAAGAGCAAACAAGCCUUUACGCUUUGCAAAAGCGAACACUUUCAAUGUUUCAUUUCGAUUAUAAGUUUGUUUCUUUUAAUUAUUAUGCAAUAGUUCAAAUUCAAAUGAAUGUUUUAACUUAUAAUUUUAAAAUAAUUUAAAUAAAUUUUAACAAACAAUUUUAAUUUAAAAU